CGGAUUACAUUGUUCCAGUUCCCAAACAGCCUUAGCUAGGAAGAAAGAGCGUCCCGAGUGCUGAGUGCUGCCAAGAACUUGUCUCCCCGCGGCGGCGUUCCAAGACACACCCGGUCUUGGAAGGAAUGACGUCAAGAUAGAGCCACCCGAAGGCGUCCGAAUGUCUCUGAAUCCGGACGCUCCGACCCCUUCAGCCUCCCUCAGCUCGUCUUAAGGGGCGGGGCUCCCUCUGUUCUCCUGGCGUGUCUACACUUUGCUCGCAAUGCCUCUGCCGCAGGGUGACGUGACUGCCUUAUUCCUGGGGCCUCCGGGCUCGGGAAAGUCCGCGCUGAUCUCCGCGUUAUGUGGCAAGAAUGUGGAAACGGUAGAGAUUCCUGAAGGACGGCCGGAUUCUGGAGUCCCCGUUCUGAGAGCUGCGGCCCCAGGCCUCUUCCUAGGCGAGCUGAGCUGCCCACCCGCAGCUCCAGGACCCUGGGCGGCGGAGGCCAACUUGCUGGUAUUGGUUCUACCAGGAUCUGAGGGGACUGAGGAGCCCUUGACCCCAGCUCUGGGAGAGGCAGCGCGGGCCGCCCUGGCCCGAGGGACCCCGCUGCUGGCUGUACGGAAUCUCCGUCCUGGAGAUUCCCAGAAUGAAGCUCAGGCUCGGGAUCAAACUGCGGACAUGCUGAACAGUGCUGGGUUAGGAGCUGCGCCUCUCUUUGUGCUACCGGCCGAUUGCAGCAGCAGUGACCGCUGCGAAGAGCUGGAGCGCCUGCAGGUGGUGCUGCGGACCCAGGCGGAGGCGCUGCAGAGGCUCCUGCCACCUGCCCAGGAUGGCUUCGAGGUGCUGGGCGCAGCAGAGCUGGAAGCUGUGCGCGAGGCCUUCGAGACCGGUGGCCUAGAGGCGGCACUGUCGUGGGUGCGCGCUGGCCUUGAGCGCCUGGGUAGCGCGCGACUGGACCUGGCGGUGGCCGGCGCUACCAAUGUAGGACUUGUGCUGGACAUGCUACUGGGCCUGGAUCCUGGCGACCCAGGUGCUGCGCCUGCCUCGGAGCCCACUGGACCCACCCCUUAUCCGGCUCCAGAGCGCCCCAACGUGGUGCUCUGGACCGUUCCCUUGGGCCCCACGGCCACAUCCCCUCCCGCCACCCCUCACCCGACCCACUAUGAUGCCCUGAUCCUCGUCACCCCUGGGGCUCCCACCGAAGAGAACUGGGUCCAGGUCCGCUCGUUGGUGUCCCCAGAUGCUCCACUCGUCGGUGUGCGGACGGAUGGCCAGGGCGAGGAUCCACCCGAGGCUCUGGAAGAAGAAAAACCUGAGAAGCUCGAGAAUGCAAGCGGCGGGAAGUCAGGGGAUGCACGCAGCGAAGGAAAAGAAAACACUGGCUCUGGGGACUCAGGGCCCACAGCUGCUCGGAGCCCGGAAGAUGAGCCGUGGGAGGUGCUGGAGGAAGUGCCUCCGCCGGUGUUCCCUCUGCGCCUAGGUGGUCUCCCGGGGCUGGGAACCUGGCUGCAGCGUGCACUGCCUGCGGCUCAGUCCGGGGCGCUUCUGCUGGCGCUGCCACCCUCAAGUCCCCAGGCGGCGCGGAGGAAGGCAGCGGCGCUGCGGGCAGGAGCGUGGAGGCCAGCCUUGCUGGCCAGCCUGGCGGCGGCGGCCGCUCCAGUACCAGGAUUGGGCUGGGCUUGCGACGUGGCGCUUCUCCGGGGACAGCUGGCUGAGUGGCGGCGCUCGCUGGGCCUCGAACCAACGGCAGUGGCACGCCGUGAGCGCGCCCUUGGCUUGGCUCCUGGAGUGCUGGCCGCGCGCACGCGCUUCCCGGGCCCAGUGACACGCGCUGAGGUGGAGGCCAGAUUGGGGUCCUGGGCCGGCGAGGGCACAGCAGGAGGCGCGGCGCUGGGCGCACUCUCCUUCCUUUGGCCCGCGGGUGGUGCAGCAGCGACAGGUGGGCUGGGUUACCGUGCUGCUCACGGUGUACUGCUGCAGGCCCUGGAUGAGAUGCUGGCUGAUGCUGAGGCGGUGCUGGGACCCCCAGAGCCCAACCAGUGAGGAGUGUGGUAGGGGCUGGGGUGUCUGGUGACUUGGUUUCUGGCCCCACAGCCUCUGAGAUUGAGGGGUGGUACUCAGAUCCGGGGACUUGAAGGAGACUGACUUCUCGUUGAAAUCUGCGACAUACAGUCACCUGAUUUCCUGGGUUAUGAAUGGGAGUAGGGUCUGAGCGCCAUUAGUUUGCCUUUCAGACGCUAAUGCAGUGAAGGGAGUUGGGGGCCUGGGCUCCUAGAAAUGGGAGCCUCUUGGCCUCCAGCUGGCACCUGGUCCUAGAUAUGUAAGCCUAGAUUACUGCCUGUGAGUGGACCUAUGGCUGUGGGCCUGGUACUAUAGGGAGUUAGAACCCUUGAAGGGCUGGGUCCCAAUGGGAAACAAAAUGUGUAAGUUGCCCCGGAAAGAACAGGUUUUUGGGACCUUCAUUUCAGGAACCAUGAGAGUCUUAAAUGCUGGUGCUUAAGAAGUGGGACUUCGGUUGUCAAUUCCUGUGUUGUGGGAAACCCUGUAGAGACACCCUGGUCUCAUGGAGAAUGGAGGUUCGUCCGCCAUUUGAUCUCGGAGGCUUUUAUGUAGAGAAGGUUGUCGCACAAAAUUGAAGGGAAGGAACCAGAGGUCCAGGCAUGGUGGUCUCCUGAUGGACAGAGUCCGGGAAUGGGGUCUUUUCGUUAUGGAAGAGUAGAAACCCACACUUGAGAAAGGCCUCCCCGUGCUAUACUGGGAAAGGAUGUGACUACCCCCACUUUAGAGGUACUGGGUGAUCCAGGGUCUCUGGCAUGUGUGUUCCUGUUCCGCUUUACUCUAUCACUGGUUUCUUCUGUCAUAACGGCCUUAACUAUUGGGCCUUGGAGUGCUUCGCUCUUGCUGUUUUGGAAAGGCAGGGGGUCCUGCUGCAGCAGUCUAGACUUCUCUGGGAAGGUACCAGGAGUGAGGCAGAGGCAGAAACCACAGUGCUGUCAGCUUUGUGUAGGUGGGAAGUGCCACCGUAUGGUUCUUCAGUGUCAAAAACAGAAAGGGAGGACUGGGUAGAUGGGACCGCCAGGCUCAGAGAUGCAGGCCAGAGGCUCACUGACACAGCAAGGCACUGCGUGACCUGGCCCGCGCCUCUUCUCAUUCCCUACUCAUCUUUUUUUGGGACUGGGUCCUUAUCCAUCAGAUCUCCCUGAAAUGGCUCCUUUAGAAGCUUUCUGAUCACCCCCAAGUAGCUUACACUGACCCUGGCCAUGUGAUCAUUCCUGUGUCAAUAAUGGCUUUAUUUAUUUGUUCAUUCUUUCAUUCACCUGGUUGUUGGCUCUUGCCCGUGUCUGUCCUUUUCUUGGGUGUACCCUAGCACCUAGAGCAGUGCCUGACACACGGUAGGUGCCUAGUGUUUUUAGUAUUUUAGUUUAUUGAUCAUUGGCAUGUGGCCUGGAAUUCAGGUGGUCAAUAUCUUGUUACAGAAAGGGACAAGCUAGGGAGAAGCGAGCACCUAGUGAGAGAGUAACAGGGAUAGGAACGGCUUGGUCAUUUUCAUCACUUGAAUGAGUGUCGUAUAUCUGCCAAAUGAAAGCAUUAGAACCAUGAGAGCUUCUGAGGGCUGCGUAGUCGGGUACCACCCCCAUCUAACCUUGAACUCUCACCAGUGACACAAUUUGCCCCCACACGAGUCGAGGGGGCACCUGAUAUGGAGGCGCAUGCAUGCAACCCCAGCACUUGGUGGAGAUAGGAGAACUAGAGGUUUAAUGCCAUCUUCAGUGACAAUGGAGAGCCGCAGGCCCAUCUGAGCUAUGUGUUCCAUCUCACUAUUUAGUCUAGACUGACCUUGAACUGAGCCCCAGCACCUGGCUCCAUUUUAAAGCUCUUAUUGAGAUACCUGGCAUUCUUCUCACUGAGAGCCUACAUGUCCCUUACACCUGAGCACACCUCAGCUCAUAUGACACACCUGUUUGGAAAUACUUGAAUUCCUAGGUGGAGAACCCAAUUCACAUACCCACGUUGCCUCAGUUAGGUUUCAUAGGUUCCCCCGAAGCUGGGGUUUGAAUCCAGUGCCUCACAUAUUCAAGGCAAACACUUUAUUCUGGAACUGUGUCCCUAGCCCUUCAUGGGGGAUGGGGGUUCUGGAAAGGGGCGCUAACACUGCCAUGCCCCCAGCUCCUCACUAUGGACUCUAGGCAGGGGCUCUACCACUAAGCUACAUCCUCAGCUUAGUGGUAGAGCCCCUUUGAUUUUGAGACGAGGUCUCACUCAGUUUCCUGGACUGACCUUGAAUUUGGGAAUUUCCUCUCUCAGCCUCCUGAGUAACUGAAAUCGCAGGCCUGCACCACCUCCUGGCUUCAUAGUUUUUCCAAACCUGUGAUGUGUUGGUGAAUCAAAUACAAAUAAAAUUUGAGAUUGCCUUUUCUCAGUGGCAUUAGUCACUUGUGAUUAGUGGCCACAGUGUGUGACAAUACAGAUAUGAAGUGGCUCUAGGAUUACAGGAGGUCUAUACGCAAGAUCCAGGGGCAGAGGGUCCUACCUAGUUGGGGUAAGAGGAUAUCGGGCAAGUCACCAGCAAAUGGCAUCUAGCAAGCUGUAUUGGUUGCUUUCUUGUUGUGUGACAACAUACCCAAGGAAAGCAACUUAGGAGAGAAAUUAUAUUUAGCUCAGAGUCUAUGGAUACAGGCCACUAUGAUGGGAGUCUUGUCAGCAGGAGGGCGAAGCAGGUGGUCAUAUUGCAGCCCCGUUUGGGAAGCAGAGAGAGAAAUUCUGGAAUUCAGUUCGAUUUCUCCUUUUACUUCAUCCCAGGACCACCGUGUAUUAAAUGCUUCCUCAAACAGUAUGUGGUCUCACCUCAGUUAGCCUAGACACUCCUCCAUAGCCACAUCCAGACAGUGACUGUAGGUUGUAAGCCAACAGUGUUAGCUACCACUGCAGGUAGCUGAGAAUUUGCUGUGUAUAUGCAUGCGUGUGUCCAAGCAUGCCCGCUGGCAUGUGAGCGCGCUCGAACACAUACCCAGCUCCAGUGUACUGCUGCUGCUCCUCAAAGACCUUGAACAUAGAUGUUAGUCUCUAUUGCCUGGGCCUACUUCCCUGAGAACAGUAAGGCAGCCAACCUGGCGCCUUCUAUGAUUCCGAUGAAGUGCCCUGCUCUCGCCAACACUCUGCUCUUUUGUUUUAUUUAUUUUUUGGUAUUUUGACAUAGUGUAGGCUUGCCUUGAACUCAGCAUGUAGCUGGCAAUGGCCUUGGAAUCCUGGUCUCCAGCUCUGACCGUGCCUCACCUUGGUGCCUCCUGGCAUCCCUGCUCUGGGCUUUGCUGCUGCUCCUUCUCUCCUCCAGGCAGCAGGUCAAUGCUGGACACAUCAGAAGAAAGCAGCAUGUGUAGCCCUUGCGUGUGCUGGUCAGCGCUGUUGUGUUGUGGCCUGUGUUACUUGAGGGUCCAGGCUGUCUCAGACGCUUGAGUCCAGGUGUCAUCCUGUCCCUUCUCCCAUCCUGGGUUGCAGGCAGGAAUGGCCGCCUUCUAUAAACUAGGUCUUCCCCCUCCGAGGUAGGAUGAUGUCUUACUCUAUAGCUGCCUGGCUUCAAACUUGUGCAGCAGCCUCUGAAGUUCUGGUGUUAGGGGGGUAAGCGACUACAUAUGGUGCCUACCUCUUUGGGUAGGAUUUUAGGCUUUUUUGGGGUGUAAGUAAAGCUGAGAGUGAGCUGCCUGUCUCAAUAGAAAAGACUCCUCUUCCUUGUGGACAAGCCACUGGUUGCCAGCAGGGUGAUCCCAUGAGGCUCCUGGGGUCUGGAAGAGCCUGAAUGCAGGGAUUCUGGGAAAUGUCAGCCCUCCAGGCUGGAAUUGCAAUGGUACAGUGAACCUUGGCUUUGGCCCUGUCAGAAGAGCAGGUUCCCAAAGUCGGAGAGCAGAUGAGACGCCUCCUUAGCUUAGGGGAGAGCCCUACACUUCUGGCGCAUGAAGGAGCUGUCUAUUGGAAUAGGGGACAAAUCCAACAGUCUGGUCAACCUGUGGUGUGUUUUGGAAAAACGAAUAAAAGAGUAG